GCCGCCCCGCCGGCGGCGAGAUCCAGGCUUUGCGCCGCCUGCGCAUGGCCUCUGUCGACGCCGCGGGUGACCCCCUCAGCGCCGCCACCUCCGCGACCUCCCUCCUCCUCCGGACCCUUGGCCCCGCCGCCGCCGCCGCAUCCCCCUCCAGGGCACUCCUCGACGGACCGCUGAAACGAUCCAAGGAGCUGAUGGAGCAGGCCAGGCACGUCUUGAAGGAGCGGGGCGACAUCCACAAGCUCUAUCAGGACGACGGACUGGCUGUGAACGGCCAGCAGGGCAGAAGGCCUGGGCUGGACCGCAAGCGGGCUCGAUUCUCCCUCAAGCCCCCCGAAAGCAACCCUCUGCAAAACGUCGACUUCUCUAAGUUGUCAAGCAUCGAGGAUCCGGACGAGUACUUCUCAACCUUGGAUCAGCUUGAAGAAGCUGACAAGGAAAUGAAAAAGCUAAGAGGCGAGGUUCCAACCGAAACAGCAGAUCAUCAUCGCCCUAUGGAACCACCCAAGAAGCGGCCUGGUAUGGCAAGGAGAAAAUCAGUCUAUUCUUACAACUUUAGUGCGGGCAUGGAUACCCCAGAUGUUAUUGAAGCCCCUUCACAGACAGAAACUAUAACAGAAUCUCAGUCCACUCAAGACGACAUGUCUCCUUCAGUUCCUGAAAGAACCAAGCUGCCCGUUCCUUCAAGUUCUAGCCAAUGUGAUAUACCAGAUGUCCCAGCGAGACAAGAUUCAUUUCCUGAGAAGGGUAAAGGUGCUUUGGAUGAAUUAUUGUCAGCAUUCAAAAAUUUGGAUGAAGACGAAGAGGAAAAUCUAAUACGGAAGACGUUAAACAUUAAAGAAAUAAGCAUAGGAAAAGUUUCUCUCCCCGACUUAUUCAACAGUCCUGAUGAUAGGCCUGUAAGCAGCACUACUACAAGGAAACAUCUGACGAGUGGCCAUGCUCCAGAAAUAUCUGUAUCGGGGAGCCACCUCGCUCGAAUUUCAAAAUGGGAGAAACAAAUACUUGGCAAAGACACUCUUAACAAUAAAGCAGAUCUUUCAGAAGACGAUGAAUCUGACAAUUCUCCAGGAACUGUUACAGGUAACCAAUCGUCGAGGCACAGUCCUUAUGAUUCUGUUGUUUCGAUGGGUGGUGAGGCCUCUACUGGAAGGGAGAUCCCAACUUCAAGCACCAAAUCUCCAGAUCAUGUUCUUGAGCCUGUAACAAACAUUCCCAAUGGAGUCUCAACAGAUGAAAGUGAGCCAAGAAGUUCUUCAUUUGGUUUGUGCGUAGAUAGUGAGGUUGCCAAAGAAAAGGAUGCAUCUAGCGGACACAAUGUUUCAUUGGAGGAAAAUGAUCUGCCAAUGGAUCACUCAGUUAUUGAGAGGGAAAAUCAUGAACCAACAAUUUCUUCUCCACAUCUUUUGGAAGGUGAUACGACUGAAGUGCUGGGUAGCGAACAAACAAUUUCUUCUCCUCAUCAUUUGGAAGGUGAUGCGACUGAAGUGCUGGGUAGCGAACCAGGUAGAAAUGCGUCUGCAUUGCAUGGUGAAGAUGAUAAUAUUGAACAUCAGGGAGGGGUUGGAGGGGACGGGCGUGUUCAAGGCGAGCCAGUCCAUCCACCGGAAAUCCCUCCAGACACACACAAUCAAUCUCAUAUUCAGGAUGGAAACAUGGAGAAACGAGCAGUUGAUACAAGCAAUGAACACUCCCUGAGCAUAGAUGGUAAGCAAAAGGCAGUUCAAAAAGGAAAAAACAAGAAGCAGCCAGCCAAGAGAGGAAAAAGAGUUCCAGAUAAGCCAAUCCAGACACCAGAAAUACCUCCAGAAGAUAUCGAUCCACAGAAUGAAUCUCAUAUUCAUGAAGGAAACAUUGAGAAACCAGCAGUUCCUGUAAGCAGCCAACUCAAGGUUGGUAAGCAAAAACAAGCUCAGGAUGGGAAGAGGAAGCAGCCAUUGAGGAGAGGGAAAAGAGGGGCAGAAGAGGCAAGCGACCCGCUGGGAAUACCCCCAGAAAAUUGUGAUACAGAUACUCAACCUCAUAUGCAAGAUACAAACAUUGAGCAACAGACAGUCGGUACAAGGGUUGUACAGUCCCCAAACAAUGGCAACGGGCGAAAGGAAACUCAAAGGAGAAAAAAGAGGCAAGAAUUGCGUGGAAGGAAAAGUCUGACAGCAUUUGGUUUUUCGUGGCAAUCUGGCGUUAGACGGAGCACAAGAAUCCGGUCAAGGCCUUUGGAGGAUUGGCGUGGCGAAAGAUUUCUAUAUGGCCGUAUACAUGAGACAAUGUCCACAGUCAUUGGCAUUAAAGCAUAUUCUCCCAGUGAAGACGGCAAGGCUGCAUUGAAAGUGAAAUCCUUUGUGCCAGAACAAUAUUCAGACAUUGUAGCUCAAGUUGCAAAGUAUUGAGGUUUCUGGCCUUUGACAAGCGCAAGACAGUGCCACUUCGCUACCCUUUGGCAGCGUUUCAGGUGCAUCGUCAUGCUGUACCAUCUAUCUAUGUAGAAGAGCUGCAGUAGGUGGCUCGCACAAUGUAAUGCAACCAUGCUGUAGGCCAUGUGCAAAAGAUGGAUGUACUAGUGUAGAGACGACCAUCAUCUUUACUGUUGUUGGCUGUUUUUAGUGUCAUUUCUGGAUGACAUGGAGGUUAGAAAAUAUGUGUAUUAUCUCUCUUUUCCUGUAUGGCUGGAUUCCCUUCACCGUAUGAUAAAAUUAUUAAUGUUUCCGACUAUCGUCAACAUUUGUGUUUA